UGAUGUACGGUCUGAUGAGGGGAGGGCCCACACGGACCGGAUGACACGCCCUUUCCCCGACACAAGUGUGCGUAGCUGUCUGUCCACGCGCUGAAGGCUGCGGACAGCCAGGCGGACACAGCCGGGUGUUCUUCGCUGAAGUCAUCCCCCAGCAGCAGUCUGUGAGAGGCGGCCGGCCGGGUGGGUGGAGGCUGAAGGACCCGCCAGCACCAAUCGAUGUCAACGGAAACAUCUGACAGCCGGAACCUGGACAGGUUGAGAGAGCAGGCAGCAGGAGAGCAGGCAAAGCUCACGGACGGCGGCAUGGCAUCCAUAGCGGAGUACUACGCUGGCAAGAGCGUGCUGAUCACGGGAGCCACGGGCUUCAUGGGCAAGGUGCUGGUGGAGAAGCUGCUGAGGUCCUGCCCUGAGGUUAAGACCCUCUACAUCCUGGUUAGACCCAAAGCUGGGCAGUCCAUGCAGCAGAGGGUCAGCGACAUGAUGAAAUGCAAACUUUUCGACCGAGUGAGGGAGGAGAACCCUGAUUUCCAUCAGAAGAUCGUCCCGAUCAGCAGCGAGCUGACGCAGCCCGGCCUCUCCAUCAGCUCGGAGGACGUUGAGAAGCUCACCGCCUGCAUCAACAUCGUCUUCCACUGCGCCGCCACCAUCCGCUUCGACGAGCCGCUCAAACACGCCCUGCAGCUGAACGUGAUCGCCACGCAGCAGCUCCUCAGCCUGGCCCAGCAGAUGCACCACCUCGAGGCCUUCAUUCACAUCUCCACCGCCUAUGCAAACUGCAACCGCAAGCACAUCGACGAGGUCAUCUACCCGCCGCCCGUCGAGCCCAGGAAGCUCAUCGAGUCUUUGGAGUGGAUGGACGACGGCAUCGUGCGGGACAUCACGCCGCGGCUUAUCGGCGACCGGCCCAACACCUACACCUACACCAAAGCCCUGGCCGAGUACGUGGUGCAGCAGGAGCAGGACAAGCUCAACAUUGGCAUCAUCAGACCCUCCAUCGUGGGAGCCAGCUGGCAGGAACCGUUCCCCGGUUGGAUCGACAACUUCAACGGACCGAGCGGAGUCUUUAUAGCUGCGGGGAAGGGCAUCCUGCGCACCAUGAGGGCCAGCAACGAUGCGGUGGCUGAUCUGAUCCCCGUGGACGUGGUCAUCAACCUGACGCUGGCUGCUGGCUGGUACACGGCAGUGCACAGACCUAAAACAGCCCUGGUGUACAACUGCACGACCGGCGGCAUCAACCCGUUCCACUGGGGCGAGAUCGAGCACCACGUGAUCUCGUCCUUCAAGAGAAACCCCCUGGAGCAGGCCUUCCGCAGACCCAACGCCAACAUAACCUCCAACUACCUGAUCAACCAGUACUGGAUCCUGGUCAGCCACAAGUUCCCGGCCUUCGUCUACGACCUCAUCCUCCGCCUGUCGGGACAGAAGCCACAGAUGAUGCGCAUCUUCAACCGCCUUCACAAGGCCAUCAGCCUGCUGGAGUACUUCAGCAGCCAGGACUGGGAGUGGAACUCUGAGAACAUGAGCAUGCUGAUGAGCCAGCUGAGCCCCGAGGACAGGAAGACAUUUAACUUCGACGUGCGCCAGCUGAACUGGCCUGAAUACAUUGAGAAUUACUGCAUCGGCACCAAGAAGUACGUCCUGAACGAAGACAUGUCCGACAUUCCUGCAGCCAGGCAGCAUCUGAGGAAGCUGAGGAACAUCCGCUACACCUUCAACACACUGUUAGUCGUUUUCAUCUGGAGGGUGUUCAUCGCCCGCUCCCAGAUGGCCAGAAACAUCUGGUACUUCGUGGUCAGCCUCUGCUACAAGUUCCUCUCCUACUUCCGUGCGUCCAGCACCUUAAMCAACUGAGUCUUCCUCUCCGCCUCGAGCCAGAGUGACGGCAGCCCUCACCUUCAGCCUCUGAGACUCAGAAACUCUCCGUGUGGACAAAUGGGGCUCCCUACAGGAGGAAGCACCCAGGUGGAGAAAUAAGGAGGUCUACUAGCCAUGAAAUUGUUUGUUUUUUUGGAAAUCCGUCAUCUACACUCCUCAGUCAGCAAACCCCGUCCAACGAAGUGGCGUCCUUCAUUUUGUACCUGCUGUUUUUCUUCAAAGUGGCCAAUUAUAUAUGCAACAAUACGCCUUUUAGUGUGACUUCCUCUUUCUUUUCCACCUUACUGAAUCUCAGUACAUUGCCUUGCCUCCCUCUCUCUCUCUCUCUCUCUCUCUCCCCCAUACUUGAAAUGUUUCAUUGGACAAUUUCUAUACUUUUGUUUUUAAAACAGCAGGAAACGUCACCUGUAACAUGACGUGAUUUAGCUCCGUCUCGCAUCAUGUGCUUCUACUGCCUUUUUAAGACGACGACUCACUGAUUCUCUCUCUCAAGACCAACCCAGAAAUUAUUCUGAUGAGUGUUGAAGCUGAAAUCUGGCCACACAAAGACAACGCAACACAGACAUCAGUCAGCUUUCUCAUUGAGGUUGUCACUAAUUUAUAAUCACAUUAUUAAUGUCAGUAUGUCUUUGAAGGUAAAYCUUUUCUUUGUCUGAUCGCUCAUCUACUUUAUGCCUGUUUGUACAGCAGUUUGUACUGAACUGAGUUUACUACUUUUACAUCUUUAUACUUGCGUCAAAGGCUAGUCUGUUAAAGUGUUAGACCUUGGCAGUGUAGUGUCUAUAAAUAAGAGUACAUAAAAGUCAGAUUUAUUUAUAUAACGUAACACACACAGUACAAUAUUCCUCAAAAAGGUCCUAAAACUUUAGAGUUCUAUUCAGGAGGUGAAAUAGGUGGGAAAACUUGCAGUAGUCGAUGCCAAAUGGAGGAUUAUGAAGCACUUAAUGCUAAUGAAGUCAAGCCAAACUUGAAAAAUAUAAGAAAUGAAUGGGAAGCCCUUUUCAUUUUUUUUUGUCCGAAGUCAUUUUACAUAUUUUAAAAGUUUAGAGUUGAGGACCAAGCUACAGGUUACGUUCAAGUCAAGUUUCUCUAGAGCCAAAGGUUGUUACAAGUUUAAGAAAGAUAUUUUUGUUUCAUACACUUAAACAUAGAUGAAAACUUGUCAACUACUAUGGUUCAGAAAAACUUUUAGGAAAUGUUUUUGUUCAUCAAAAUGACUGUAAAAAGAUUCAGUGGGGGACACUAGAAAAGUAGAUGGUUACCACUGUCUUGAUUAAGGCCUCUGGAGAACAAGAUCCACAUAAAAGCUGGGAAGAACUCAGGGCUGAAAAMGUAAAGUCAAUUUGUUUAGGAAAGGCACUUUAAGACCGUCCUCUUUUUUAAAAAUAAAGUGAAGUUGGUGAUCAAAGAGGCUGAGUAUUUAUCAGAUGAAUUUAUAGAAAAGUUUUGGAUUGCUUAAAGACCGUGUAAAGUAAAAUGUAACAUUUUCUUUUUUAAACAUUAUAAAUGUCAUAAAUGGAUUGUUAGAUAUUUGAAUAGUGGAGAUAUGAUUCAAUUUGUGUAACAAGGUAUCUGUGUUUCAGGAUUUUUUUGGGCAUGUCUUAAAGGGCAGCCUCGUGAUGUCACACAGCUGCCUUCAGUAUAACCCCGCCUCCUGUUGCUCUAAUGGAAAAGAAAACAAACAUUGUUUCCUCGGUUACAGGAAUGUUCAGGGUCGUGGGCGUGGUUUAAGUWCCUCCAGCGGACACGCCCCCAGCAUUCCAGACCACAGCUUACUGAUAUUUUUUCAUUACUUUUAACACAAUUUUAUAAGGUUAAGAGUAUUUUUAAUUGUUCAAACUUGGCUGUGUGAUUAUUAACACAUAUUUCUGUGGUGUGACAACCUCAGAACACACAUUUAUUUUUACUGUACACGGCCUUUAAAGUUGUCUUUUGCACAACUUCAGUUGCAAACAAAAAGAAAAACGUAGAGGACCAAGCACAGAGCCAUGAGGGAUGCCAGUCCUUACAGAAUGGGGAAAAGCAGUGCAACUUUCAGACUUAAAAUCAGUGUGAGGUAAGGAAUUAAACCCAUGCUUUGAAUCUGUUUGUCAUCCUUCACCACAGUUCUGUAAUUAUUUUUAAUCUACCCUAAAAAUUAAAUUGUAUUGAUUUUUGUUUUUCCCCCACUUGAUUUUUCGCAGAUCCUUCGUGUGUGUACCAAAAGUAUUCAGGCAAGUCAGAUUUUUUAUGAAACGAGGGAAAAUUGCAGUAUUGUUCAUCGAGGUGUGACUAAAUAAACAUGAGCCUUUUAAAGGGAGAAAAAGGGACAAAUUUAAAUGUUUAUGCAAAACUCACGUCUGUGUAACUGUCUGCGUUCGUCCGAGGCCUGCAUGAUGAAGUGGUUUUGUCGAGAUGUCCUCAAAGAGCUAACAGGGCUAUUUUAAUGCUGUCGUUCAUGUGGAGCUUCGCUCCUCUGUCUGGUAACAGAUGUCUUUCCUGACUGAAUGCAGAGUACUGUAGGUACAAACCCAGAGAUGAAACGUGUGAUGACACCAAACCAAGGACAUCUUAUUUGUGAUGGUGUCGUUUUUGCAAAUUGACCACCUGUUUUCCCUGCUCUGACUAAACUCAGUCUGCUUGGCAAAACUGAAAUAAACGAGAUAAAAAAGUG